UGGAGGCGCUCUGAGAGACAAACUUCACCGGAGAACACGCUCCUUCACAGAGCAGCCACGCGCUCCGAUCGGACCGUCGCGCGCGUCCAUCUACCUUGAUGGAAUAUUUCUCCGGUUUCGCAUUCUGAUUUAUUAACAGAGACCGUGGGAUAAAAACAACUUAAAGCUACAGGAUUGGCCGCUUUCCUGGCUCUAGUGAAAUAAAUAAUUCUAAACAGAGACAGGACCAUGACGGAAAGCUCUGAGUAGCGUUUAAAGCAGCAGCAUGGAUUUCUCCAUACAUCCUUGCUGCCUGCGUUGUCAUGUGAUCAUCAACAGAGGACAUCACUUCUCCUACUGUCUGGCAAGUUUUAAAGGUUAGCCAUCAAAGACUACCAUAAAAAAACCUCAGGGAGAGAGGUAAACAUGAACCAUAGCUCUGUUUUUAACACAUCCUGCAGCAACACCACCUACGUUGUGGGUAAUGGGGGCAAGUUGAAGAUCAGCAUCAUGAUGUUUUUGGCUGGAGUGGUGGGAAACCUUCUCGCCCUCUUCAUCCUGGUCAUGCACCAGAAGAAACGUCGCUCCAGGUCGUCCAUCUUCUGCAUCCUGGUGACGGGCUUGGCCCUUACUGACCUGCUGGGCACCUGCCUCCUGAGCCCACCUGUGUUCAUCUGCUAUGCUCGGAACUUGUCCCUCAUCGCUCUGGGUGGUGAAAGACUGUGCAACCUUUUUGGCUUUGUUGUGAGCUUCUUUGGCCUGGCGCCCACGCUCAUCCUCUGCACCAUGGCCUUGGAUCGCUGCUUCGCCAUCAGCCACCCGUACUUUUACUCGGUUCACAUCCGCCAAAGCUUUGCAAAGUUUACUCUCAUCUUUAUUUACCUCUUUUCUUUGGCAUUUUGUCUCUUGCCAUACAGUGGCUUUGGCAAAUUCAGACAGUACUGCCCUGGGACGUGGUGUUUUAUUGAUAUGGAUGCCACAGGAGAUGCCCAGGCCAACUUGGUGCAGGCCUUCUCCCUGUCCUACUCGUCCCUCAUGGCUCUGCUCAUCUUCAUCGUGUUUAUCUGCAAUGGAUCGGUGAUCGUCAGCCUGUGCAAGAUGCACCUCAGCCAGAUAGUCCGGCGAGGCUCGGUGGUGUCCGUGGGGAGGAAGAAGAGGCUGAGCUUGGCCUGGUUUGGACAGGGGGAAGAAGAAAUAGAUCACCUGGUGUUACUGGCACUCAUGACUAUCAUCUUUGUGGUGUUCUCCCUGCCUCUGAUUAUUGCAGGCUUUAUCAACGCCAUUCAUCCAUAUCGUGGCGACGACGAGAACCUGAUAGCUUUCCGCUUUUACUCCCUGAACCCCAUCGUGGAUCCCUGGAUUUUCAUCCUCUUCCGCAAGUCUGUGUUUCGUCACCUGGGCUCUCUGCUGAACUGCCGCUUCGGUAAACAGGCUGUAAAGACAACGGCACACUGCGCUUUGUCGCUACCUCUCGACAGUGUUCUGCCACACAACCGUCAACUGUGACGGAUCCACAGACUCAACUGGGCCGUUGGUUGUGAAGGACAAAGGACUCCAGAUUGCAGGCUUUAUCAACGCCAUUCAUCCAUAUCGUGGCGACGACGAGAACCUGAUAGCUUUCCGCUUUUACUCCCUGAACCCCAUCGUGGAUCCCUGGAUUUUCAUCCUCUUCCGCAAGUCUGUGUUUCGUCACCUGGGCUCUCUGCUGAACUGCCGCUUCGGUAAACAGGCUGUAAAGACAACGGCACACUGCGCUUUGUCGCUACCUCUCGACAGUGUUCUGCCACACAACCGUCAACUGUGACGGAUCCACAGACUCAACUGGGCCGUUGGUUGUGAAGGACAAAGGACUCCAGGUACUGACCGUCCUGUCAGAAAAACACUGGAAGAAAUCCCAGAACUUGGGAUUGGGGUUCCUGAACUCUUAAUUUAUAUUCAAACACAAAGAAGUAUUCUUCAUUAUCCUGAAUACUCAAUAUUACAAUAGGAGUUGUGCCAUAAAAUGAAGCACAGUGACUGUGAGCAAAAGGAAGGAUGAAAUCAUACGUUUGUGGAUGAUGUACUGUAACAUAUAAAUGUGCGUGCACUCAGAAAAAGCCCUUUAACAUGCAUGAAUGUAUUCUCUCUUUUUCAUCUUAUUUUCUAAAACAAAAAGCUCUUUUUGCACAUCUGCAGCACCCGUCUAUCAUUCAGAAAUUUAAUCGUACAUUUUUUUCUCGAUUUAGUUAACACAAUCUGCCAAAUCCACAAAAUGAGUUUAUAAAUGUUUGUAAAAAUCCACCCAGCAGUUAUUUAGACUUUUACCUACACUGGACUCAUUAAACAAUUAGAAGUUUCUCCAUUUCAGGAGUUUAUUAAGAAGUUCCAUGUUUUCAACGGGUUCUUUUGGAUUGAAUCUGCUGCCUAAAAUGGAGUGAUUCAGAGUGAACAAUUAAAAAAUGAACGUAUGUUCAUGAAAAUACACUUUGUUGAGCAUUAAGGCAUGUAAAUUAUUUUCUUGACACUUUAAAUACAAGUGUAAAGGAUGAAUGUGUGGCUGAUUUAAAAGAAAAUUAUGUCUUAUUAGGAGAUUCCCCUUCCAAUCAGAGCAAGCAGAAACACAAAAAGCUGUUAAUUUAUCCUUUCUGGCUUUCCAUAGUACACGACAGUACAACAUGUAUUCUCGAAAUAUGUGUUAAUACAUGAAUGUAGCACAUCGACAUAAAUAUACCACAGGAGUCGAAGCUGAUAUAGAACGAGUGCCUCCUAGUGGUUGGCUGCAGCAUGAGUUUUAGGCCGCGCCCCCUUCGUGUACACCUUAGGUACAAAAAUCCAAGAAGUCUCCGUUUCUGAAGGUUAAAUUUGUAUUUUUACCCUUAAGGACCCAUGGAGACCCUCACAUCACAUUCCAUUUCAAACAUCUGCAAAUUUAUUCUUGAGUCGUAUUAAAAUUUGAAACCUCCAACUGACUUUCUUUCCAUACAUUUAUUGAAAAUUAGUUUACUUCUUCAUUUGAUUAAAUUAUUUAUUUAUUUUUUUAUGUAUUUAUUCUAAUCUGUUUUCUAUUUCAAAAGGGUUUGGGUUCUAAAGGGUUAAUGGUGGCUUAAGAGGAACGAAGUUUAAUUUCUAUAGAGGACUUAAUGACUAUUCAAUAUUUCAGCAUUUGCAAAAGUCAAGCGAACCAAAAAGGAGGGUUUAAGUGGUUUUCUAAAUCACAAAACAAUACAUUUGACUUUUAUUGCAAAGAAUCAUUUAGUAUUACUCUGACAGCCGGAAGGGACAUACUGCUUGGAUUAGAGGUUGACUAUGGAACACGGACAAUCUGGCGAACUCUGGUGGUCAGGGGUGGUAUUGAAACAACAUGACAGAUUUUCCAGCCACUGAGAUGUUGGUUCACUGCUGACACGUUCCAGCACCAUGUUCAGAGACAAAUCGUACAGGAUAAGGACUAAUUUCUACUAAUGUGUUUAGUUUACAACAGUAUUUACUGUUUGAACAUCUUCUGGGCUCAGAAUCAGCUGCUUGACUUGUCAAGUCUGCCAAAGUCCCAACCUUGCCUUGCUGAGUGGACUUUUUAGUGCAACGGUGCCUUCUAGUGGCAGGUAGAUGCAAACAUAAACAGUGUUGUGCCCGGCAGAAUAAAUUUUAGAUUAUUUAUCUUUUUAAAUAUAGCUUUAAAAGGAGAAACUCCACAUUCAUUCUGCACACUUCUGUGGAGGUAUUAUUUUUUUUUAAAUAUAGCUUUUUAUUAAAAUGUUCCAUAUUCUAACUUUAACUCAGCUGCAAUCUGAUUUUAAUAAUAAAUUAAAAGCAGAAUUAAUUGCGUUCUAAAAAUGUUCAAAGGAUAAAUGUGAAAUACCAAACCUUUGUUAAAAGAUAAUGUUUAGAUGAGUUUCUAUGUAAAGUGACCCUAGGUAGUCCAAAUUGAAGCGAGGCAAUCCCGUGCAUGUUUCAUAUUUAAACACUGACCUUCUCUUGUUGUCACUGAUUUCUAAAUCACCUUUAAUGACUGUUUUAGGGCAUGUUGCUUUGAACAGCGUCUGCUGCUAAAGCCUGCACUGCAAGAAUGUAAAAUUUGUGAACUAUGUAUUUAACUUUGUGGGUUUUUCACUGUUUCACAAUGUUGGACAAGCUGCUUUAUUCCCUCUGUUGUUUAUGUUUUAGACUCAGUUCAGCAUAAAACAGUCUGAUUCAAACGCAAUCCAAACCUGCACGUUUUUUUCUGAGAGAAUGGUUGUUUGAGCUCUUCUGUGUAAAUGAAUGAAAUAAUGCCAUUUUAGAAUUAAAUUGUACCACAGAUGACAAUAUAUGUGAAAUACAAAAUGAAAGCAAACUUACAGAUUGUCUGUGUGUAUACGUAAGACCUUUGCAACAGAAUGUGCUUUUUUGUCCUGCACGUUUGCUGAUCUGCUGUGACAGCUCUUUUUCUGCACAACUUAAGACUUAAUUCAUGCUAAAUAUUGUUUUACUAGUUAAAGCAUCAAAAAUACAAACAUCUUGGAUUAAAAUAAGAAAUAAAAGUACCAAGAAAAAUA